AUGAUGCCAGCCAAGCUACGAGGAUACGACCGCUGGCGUCCUACGGAUUUGCAAUGUGCUGUGAUUCAGAGAUCCGAGUACAAUCAGGCUAUAAUCAAGAAGCCGCGAUUAAGGGGUGCCGCUCCAUUGAACCCUCCUGAAGAAGUCAUCGGCUUCAUCAUGGUUGGAGUUAAGAAGGAGGCCAUUCGAUACCUUGAUCUUCUUUUCGCUCAGGAUGAACGAGAUUUAGAUGAGGUGAAGCCUCGAUCCAAUGACGAAGCAGCUGUAGAGGAUGGUCCCACGAGGUCUCCGCUGAGAAGAGAAUCUGUGAAUGUUGAUGUUGAGCUAGACACCGGGGAGAUUGCGCAAGUCCAUGCACAUACGUUUCAGAGCCUCGUUGAACACGAGAACAGAUGGAAAGCCGAGGAACAGGCGCUUGCAACAAGCAUGCAGAUCUCUUUCGCUCUCGUGGGAGACUACGUAUGCAGUGCGGUUCUCACUGGAAAUGUCGUCGAGCUCAAGACUUUGUUGGAUCGGGAAUGGAGCCCCGACGCACCUUGCCGCUACUACGGCAACCCCUUGCAAGCCGCUGUAGUGAUCGGAAACGAAGACAUGGUGCAACUACUUCUUGAUUACGGCGCCAACGUCAAUCAAAGAGACGGCAGAUACGGGUCCGCCCUUAUUGCGGCGGCCUUUGCGUCUCGCAAGUCAAUAACCCGACUCCUUCUUCGGCGCGGAGCAGACGUAUUUGCGGACCACCCAACUCAUGGCAACUCUCUCUAUCAAGCCGUCGGACAAUCGGACUAUGCCAUAGUUGAGAUGCUUCUCGAACAUGCCUCGUGGCUCAUUGAAGACUGGGGCGAGAUACGCGACUUGGCCAACGAGAUCGGUGACAGCGAAAUCAAGAGUCUUAUAAGGCAAUAUGACGUUCGACAGAUGUACAAACUCUCCUUACCAAUGCCUCAGAGGUCUCAAAACCCUAAAGAGCUCGAAGGUCCGCAAUCUUACACCAAGGUCCUUGGCACUGUUGUUCAGAAGUGUAUUGCUGUCUAG